GGUGGUUCUCGAGGUGGCAGGCAGUCAUGUCCGGGGACAGCGCCCGGUGGCCCCGGGGCCCCUGGGUGUCUGACGUCUGCUUCCAUCUCAGCCCUUCUCCGGGAUGCUCCAAGGGCCCCCAGGAGGAGGCUGAACCUGCCGCCCACCUGGCCGGACCAGAGUGGACCUUCCGCGCGUCUCCAUUUCCUGGCGGCGGCAGCAUGAGCGCGGGCGCAGGGCGCAGGGCUGCGGGCCCCGCGGUGGCGAAAGUGGAGCUGCGGCUCAGCUGCCGACACCUGCUGGACCGCGACCCGCUGACCAAGUCGGAUCCUAGCGUGCUGCUGCUGCAGCCGGUGACGCAGGGCCGGUGGGCACAGGUGGGCAGAACUGAGGUGGUGCGGAGCAGCCUGAACCCCGUCUUCUCCAAGGUCUUCACUGUGGACUAUUACUUCGAGGAGGUACAGCGGCUGCGCUUCGAGGUGUAUGACACCCACGGGCCCGAUGGCCUGGCUUGUGACGAGGACGACUUCCUGGGGGGCAUGGAGUGCACCUUGGGGCAGAUCGUGGCUCAGAAGAGGAUAACUCGCCCACUGCUGCUGAAGCUGGGCCGGAAGGCUGGCAAGUCCACCAUCACGGUGAUCGCUGAGGACAUCUCUGGGAACAAUGGCUAUGUGGAACUCUGCUUCCAGGCCAGGAACCUGGACGACAAGGACCUCUUCAGCAAGUCAGACCCCUUCCUGGAGCUGUUCCGGACCAACGAGGAUGGCAGUGAGCAGCUGGUGUACCGCACUGAGGUGGUGAAGAACAAUCUCAGCCCCGUCUGGGAGCCCUUCAAACUGUCCCUGAGCUCCCUGUGCAGCUGUGAGGAGACCCGACCUUUGAAGGGCCUGGUCUGGGACCAUGACGCCCGUGGGAAGCAUGACUUCAUUGGUGCCUUCUCUACCACCUUCGCGGAGAUGCAGGCGGCCUUUGCCCAGGGCCAGGCACAGUGGGACUGUGUGAACCCCAAGUACCAGCAAAAGAAGCGCAACUACAGCAACUCGGGGGUGGUGGUCCUGGCAGACCUGAAGCUCCACAGGGUCCAUUCCUUCCUGGACUACAUCAUGGGUGGCUGCCAGAUCCACUGCACUGUGGCCAUCGACUUCACGGCCUCCAAUGGCGACCCCCGGAACAGCUGCUCCCUGCAUCAUAUCAACCCCUACCAGCCGAACGAGUAUCUGCGGGCGCUGGUGGCGGUGGGCGAGGUCUGCCAGGACUAUGACAGUGACAAGAGGUUUUCUGCCUUGGGGUUUGGGGCCCGGAUCCCUCCCAACUAUGAGGUGUCCCAUGACUUCGCCAUCAACUUCAACCCUGAGGACGAUGAGUGUGAAGGGAUCCAGGGUGUAGUGGAGGCCUACCAGAACUGCCUGCCCCGUGUCCAGCUCUACGGCCCCACCAACGUGGCACCCAUCAUCUCCAAGGUGGCCCGCAUGGCUGCGGCUGAGGAGCACACCGGGGAGGCCUCUCAAUACUACAUCCUGCUGAUCCUGACGGAUGGUGUGGUAACUGACAUGGCAGACACACGGGAGGCCAUCGUGCGGGCGUCCCACCUGCCAAUGUCCAUCAUCAUCGUGGGUGUGGGCAACGCAGACUUCACAGACAUGCAGGUCCUGGAUGGUGAUGAUGGCGUCCUGCGCUCUCCCCGUGGCGAGCCUGCGCUCCGAGACAUUGUGCAGUUUGUGCCCUUCCGCGAGCUCAAGAAUGCGUCCCCCGGGGCACUGGCCAAGUGCGUGCUGGCUGAGGUGCCCCAGCAGGUGGUCGAGUAUUAUAGCCACAAGGAGCUGCCCCCACGCAGCCUUGGCGCUCAGACAGGAGAGGCUGGGCCCAGCACAGCCCCAUGAGGACCCAGCUGUCACCUGAACUCCUGCUACAGCUCUCUGGUCUCUUUGGCCCCCAACACCCCCAGAGGCUACCUGUCCUCCGGUCCAUGUUCCCUCUUGCAUUCCUACUGGCCGGGUCAGCGGCUGGGACCCCAGGGCAGGAGAUGGGUGAAGACCUCCGGGGCCUCUGAAGGAGUCCCCGCCCCACCCCCACCUUCCUCAGCCUGCUCCUCAGCGUCCAAGUCCUCUGGGCUCCCUCUGUGCAUGGAGCUUCCACGUAAUAAAGUGAUUUCCACUCUG